AUGCCUCCGCAGAUCAUCCACUUGCCGGACGGGCAAACGUUCACAGUGACACCCGUCUUCGCGGGUCUAUUCUUCAAGUCGCACGACCUGAACACACACAACAACCCCUUCCCCAUCGGCUGGACUAUCGUGCUCAACACCGAGGACGACAAGCCCGUCCUUGACAACGCCGAUGGCGGCGACGAGAGCGACGGGGAGUGCGCACGCGCCCGCCGGCGUCACGUCCACAGCUUCAAGCAGCCCACCCUGCAGAACGAUAACCUCUUCAUCUCGUCGAUAUCUCAGCCCUCGAGCACCGAGUUCAAGCCCGCCGCCAGCCCGACCCGCCAGAUCGCCAUGAUGCUCUGGGUCACACUCUAUUGGUACUUUCACCAACCCCAGCCGUCGCCCUACCUCACGACCGACGCAUCAAGGCUUACCCCCGAGAUGGCACGACCGAAGGGCGAGUGGCGCAUCAACAUCAGGCGCGACGGUGUCUUGCGCGGCAGGAAUCUGAUACCAAAGCUGGAGCGCAUGGGGCUGAUCGCCUCGCUGGACUCAGCCGUGGGGACCAAUAUUAAGGACAACGGCGAGGAGUGGUCGCAGAUGUUCGUCUCGCGCCGCAUGUUCUGGCAGAUACCGGGACGGUUGUUCCUCUUCACGCUGCAGCGCACGAGCGCCGCCUCGACCUACCCAGAGUCUCCGGCCGGCAGCCGCCCGAGCUCGCCAGCUUGCACCGAGUUCACCCACUCGCGGCACCAUACGCCCAUCCACUCCCCUCACCAGUCGACGGGGGGCCGAUCCGACGUCGACGUACCCGGAGGCCCGCCGGCCAUGUCCAUGGUCACGACGCCAAGCUUCCCCAUCGGUCCGUUCUACUCGAGCUCCCAUCUCCCGACGUAUUACCCGCCGGCGCCGUUGAUGUACACUGUAACGAACGGCGUCCGUCAUCCCAUUCGCCGCAAGCCGGGCCGCAUGGGGGAGGUGUUUUACUGCCGGUUCGUGCCGAGCGUGGGACGGUACCUGUCGUUCCGCAUCGCAUCCCUCGCGCCGGACGCCGUGCCGUAUCUUGGACCCGUCGGGCCCAAAGCGGCCGAGAAUAGCCACCUCGCGACGCUCUCCGACACGGCGCUGCUGCGGUCGUGGCUGGCGAACCCGCGAGUGCAGAAGUUCUGGGGAGACUACACGCCCGACUUCCUAAGCAACGCGCUGGGCUCGAAGCACUCGUUCCCGGUGAUUGGCAUGUGGGACGGCGUGCCGUUUGGAUACUUUGAGAUAUACUGGGUAAAAGAGGACGUGCUUGGGCAGAAGCUCGGCAGCGACGCCGGGGAUUACGACCGCGGUGUUCACGUCUUUGUGGGCGAGGAGUGGGCGCGUGGUCGGGUGCCGGCGUGGCUGUCGAGCCUGGUGCAUUGGUGUCUCACGGACGACUACCGGACGAUGCACGUGUGUCUGGAGCCGCGCAUCGACAACGCGAGGUGA